AUGCAACCACUUGAUUGGAGUCUUCCAUUUGAAAUCAUGUGCGAUGCUAGCGACUUUGCAGUAGGUGCAGUGUUUGGGAAGAGAAAUGACAAGAAAGUGCAUGCUAUCUAUUAUGCUAGCAGGACUUUGGAUGAAGCUCAAGUUAACUAUGCCACAACCGAGAAAGAGCUAUUGGCAGUAGUGUUUGCUAUUGACAAGUUAAUUCCUACCUGGUGGGAAGCAUCACGGUAUGUUGAUUUUGUGAACAACCUAGCAGUUGAAGUAUUACCCUCAGAUUGGAACUUUCAACAAAAGAAGAUAUUUUUCUCAGAUCCUAAACACUAUUAUUGGGGUGAACCUCUGCUUUUUAAGAGAGGGGUUGAUGGAGUUUUCAGAAGAUGUGUCCCGAUAGAAGAAAUGGAAAGUAUCACGUUUCACUGUCAUUCCUCUGCAAACGAAGGGCAUGCGGUGGAUUACACGUCCAAAUGGAUUAAAGUUGUCGCUGCCCGAACAAAUGACGCUAAGGUAGUGAUUAAGCUCUUCAAAAAGGUAAUAUUUCUGAGUUUUGGUGUGCCAAGGGUGGUGAUUAGUGAUGGAGGCUCUUAUUUCAUAGCUAAACAGUUUGAAGGCCUGCUAAAAAAGUAUGGAGUGAAGCACAAAAUUGCCACAACAUAUCAACCUCAAACUAGCAGACAUGUAGAAGUUUCCAAUAGGGAGAUUAGGAGCAUUCUCGAGAAAACUGUCUCUGCAUUAAGGAAGGACUGGUCCGUAAAGCUAGAUGAUGCACUUUGGGCCUACUUUACAACAUACAAGACUCCCAUUGGUAUGAAUCGUUACAAUUUGAUCUAUGUAAAGUCUUGUCACCUCCCAGUUGAACUCGAACAUAAGGCAUAUUGGGCAAUAAAGAUCCUUAAUUUUGAUUUGAAGGCGGUUGGUGAAAAAAGGAAGCUCCAACUCAAUGAGCUUGAUGAGUUGAGGUUAGACGCUUAUGAGAAUGCUAAACUCUACAAGUAA